AUGGCCUCCCAAGCUACCUACUUUACUGCUCAUCCCCCGAAUCGCAUGGCCCGGACUGAAGAGCUCAAACAUCAUGGUUCAGAUCACGAUGUCCACUUGAAGGGCUCCGGAUCAUGGAGCCCCGAUUACAGCACCCGAACCACGUUAUCUUGUUUAAGACGUCCCACAGUCGCCACGAUCGUGGAUCCUGGAGGCCAGAUCUGGCAGCAGGGGUUCCGAGGCCGGGAUGAUGGCUCAAAAACCGCAAAUUACGAAUCACGUUUGUAG